AUCCAGUGUACCUUAUUGAGGGUCUAGCUCCCUCCUUGCAGCCCUACAACACGGGAUGACGUCACUAAGCAGUCGUCGCAAAAGAACGUCUGAAUAGUGGCCCGCCAGACUUUCUCCGACCAGCGAUAUCUCAAUCCAUUUCAACUAUCGAUUCGUUCCAUGAGGUAGAUCGAGAUGUUCUCGAAAUUGAAGAACGUCGCCCAUUUGGGCGGCAAUGAACCCCCCUCGAGUAGACAGGAGCAAUCACUGGUGACGGUGUUGCCCACCACUGAGCAACGAACCGACCUGCUUCUCCUUGUCGCACACUCCACAGAAGCGAUGCGACAGCGAAUCUUUGAUACUUUCGAUGCCGACAAGACCGGCGAAGCGUCGUUGUUAAAGCUGAGCGUCGAGCCAUCUACCACGCCUAAUCCCGAGUCGACCCAAUCGAGCGGCAAGGUGGUCGCCAGCAGAGCCAGUGGCGAGGCAGAUGAAAAUGCUCAGGCCAUAUCAAGCAAUUCUGGUGCGACUGACGACAAUAAAGAGGCUAGCUCAGAUGCAGAGAAAGAAGCCAAGCAGCGCGAACGACGUGUCAAGGAUCUUGCCAACCCCGCAAUGAAGGACCUCAAGAAAGCUGCACUGAACCAUUUCGACACCUGGAGAGAUAAAGUCAUAAGUCGCGUUGGGGAAGCCGUCAACCGGCAGGCAGAAGAAGAGAAUUCCAGCCCGAUGGAACAAGAAAUCAAGUCUGACGCACCGACACAAUCAACACAAGAUGUACCUCCACCCGCCACAGAGGAUACAGAGGCUGAUGUCGCCCUGCAUCGGCUGUACGCACCGCAGAAGACCAGUCUGAGCAGCCUUGACAAGCCUCAGCGAGUUCUUGUAUUGCACUCUAUCCUUCUCCUCCUACUUGGUCUCGAAAGUUACCCUGCAGAAUCUCGCAUUCUCAUGUUGCACAUCACAAGUUCCCUCUCAUUGCCAGUAGAGGUGUUAUCCGAAGAUGAAUCCCGGGUUGCGCAAGGCCUCUUGGAAGCAGCGAGGCAGCAAAUGAACGCGGACAAGGAAACCAAAGAGAAAGCCAACGCCAGCGCCAUGUCUCGCAGCUUGAAAGUGGGCCUCGGUGCCGCUGCUGGGGCCGUCCUCAUUGGUGUGACAGGUGGUCUCGCCGCACCUCUACUUGCAGCCGGUGUCGGUAGCGUGAUGGGUGGCCUUGGACUAGGGGCCACUGUCACAGCCGGGUAUUUGGGGGCCCUUGCUGGCAGUGCGCCUUUGGUCGGCGUACUCUUCGGAGCGUACGGUGGCAAAAUGACCGGGGAGAUGGUGGAUGAGUAUGCCAAGGAGGUCAAGGAUUUCGCAUUCAUACCUGUCCAGAAACAGCAUCAUCUCUCAUUUGGCAAGCACAAAGAGGAUGAGAAAACCAGCCGUCGUCACCUCCGCGUUGCUAUCGGAAUAUCGGGGUACCUGACGGAGGAAUCACAGAUUGUCUCCCCGUGGCAGAUUAUCAGCAACGCCAAUGCCGAGGCCUUUGCACUUCGGUGGGAGCUAAAAUGUCUCCUGAACCUAGGACAUGCUUUGACAACAUACGUCAAGUCAUACGCAUGGGGCUACGCCAAGAAAGAAAUUAUAAGCCACACCAUCUUCGCGGCGCUGUCGGCGGCGUUGACACUCCCGUACGGCCUGGCCAAGGCCAGUCGAGUCGUCGACAACCCGUUCAGCGUUGCGAGGUCCCGAAGUGAAAAGGCGGGCCGAGUCUUGGCGGAUGCAUUGAUCAACAAAGUCCAAGGUGAGAGGCCAGUGACACUGAUGGGAUACUCCCUAGGUGCGCGAGUAAUCUUUCACUGCCUCAAGGAGUUAGCCGAAAGGGGUGCGUUUGGCCUUAUCGAGAGCGUCAUUUUGAUUGGAGCAGCGACGCCAUCUGAUAGCCUAGAAUGGCGAGGAAUACGUACGGUAGUAAGUGGGAGGGUGGUGAACGUUUUCUCUUCCAAGGACUACCUCCUCGGCUUUCUGUAUCGAGCCAGCAGCCUCCAGUUCGGAGUCGCCGGCCUCCAACCGAUCAGAGACGUUGAAGGAGUAGAAAACGUCGACGUGAGUGAUCUGGUGGAUGGGCACACUAAAUACAGAUUAUUGAUCGGCAAAGUCGUACAGAGGGUAGGAUGGGAGGACGUUGAUGUGAAGGCUGUAGAGAGGCAGAUGGCUAGUCUUCAGAAAGAAGAGAAAAGGGAAGCAGAGGAGGAAGCAGAGUCAGAAUCAAAAAUCGACUCCAAAGACGCUGAUGACGCCAAGGCAGAGGCCGAAGCCGAAAAAAUGGAAAAUGAGAUCCAGGAAAAGAGCAAAGCCAGUCAGGCGAUCGACUGGAUGGGUAGUAGAAUGUCUGGGCUGCACAUGUCUGACUCGGGUGCCGGCGGAAAGGUUGACAAGGGAAAUCUGACUGAAGAGGAGAAACUGAGACGCGCCGAACAACAAUAAAGUCGACAUGGGUGCACUUUCUUCCAUGCAUGGUUGAGCAUGUGUUGCAGGACAAACGAAGAAUAUGAAAUUACUGUCGGACUCUUCUGAUAAGGUUGGAGCAGCAAUACAGUAGAAAUAAACCAAACCAGAACAAGUGCAAUUAUAUACUACUCGAUCAUUUGCUCGACCUUUGUCUGAUCGAAAGUGCUUAGACGAAACCGCCAUUUUAAGCAGCUAUACCAAACUCCACGUCCUCAAAUGCAU